AUGAGUCAUACAUACAGUGUCAGAGCCGACACGCCACAAUUUUAUAUUGCCAAUGUCCCACUUCAAAGACACUAAAUGAAGGUUGCCACUUUGUGUCUUGCGAUUCAGAAAAUGGGGUAAAAUUCAAGUUUUGCAGCUGUUUAGGAUUCUGUUAUCAGCUGCUGAUGAGGAUCCCAUUGUUUGAUUCCAUCGUUUUGGGGUGUGGUUGAUCUGAAUUGUUCCAAAGCAUGAACUUUGUGUGGUUUUCUGGAUACCCAUUUGGCUGGUUUGAUAACAUUUUGCUCCUCUAAGUUGUCGUUGAUCAAGUUCAUUCACUUGUCCCCCUGAUAGCAAAUUGUCUGAAAAUUUGAAACAAGUUUCCUUCACUGAUUAACUGGAGCUGUGUCCAAUUUGGUAGGUACAAGAAAUGGCUAAACUCAAUUGUAGGGUCUCAAAUUAGCAAAACACUGUCACUGGUGGUGGAAGUCCAACACCAGGCUCUAGCAGUAUCAAGACUAUUUGUGUUGUAGUUCUUCGCUGGAGUCAUGGCAACCCUGUCACAUUCCGAGUCUAGGCGCUCAUAUUCUUGGUGGUGGGAUAGCCACAUUAGCCCAAAGAAUUCAAAAUGGCUUCAGGAAAACCUUGCAGACAUAGAUACCAAAGUCAAAGCAAUGAUAAAGCUCAUUGAAGAGGAAGCAGAUUCAUUUGCUAGGAGGGCAGAAAUGUACUAUAAGAAGCGACCGGAACUCAUGAAAUUAGUGGAGGAGUUCUACCGAGCAUACCGUGCAUUAGCAGAGAGAUAUGAUCAUGCAAUGGGAGAGCUACGCUAUGCCCAUAAAACCAUACAAGAAGCAUUUCCCAACCAAGCACAUUACAUUCUGACUGAUGAUUCACCUUAUGGUUCUUCAGGACCCGGUGCUGAAUCACACACACCAAGAGAGGCUGACCAUUCAGGGAGAGCAGAUAGUGAAGUUCAAACCUUAAGGAAAGCCCUGGCCAAAAUACAGUCUGACAAGGAUGCUAUCUUUCUUCAGUAUCAGAAGAGUUUGGAGAAGAUAACCAAAAUGGAAGGUGAUCUUAAUAAGGCACAAAAAGAUGUGGGAGGCCUUGAUGAACGAGCAAGUAAAGCUGAAAUUGAAACUAAAAUAUUGAACGAAGCCCUGGCACAGCUAAAAGUUGAGAAGGAUGCUGGUCAAGUUCAGUACAACCAGUGUCUAGAAAUUAUAGCUAAACUGGAGACCAUGUUAUCUCUGGCCCAGCUGGAUGCCAAGGGACUUGAUGAGAGAGCUGCUAAGGUAGAAAUUGAAGCCAAAAAUCUAAAAGAAGAACUUAGCAGAUUGGAAGUUCAGAAAGACGCUGGUUUUCUUCAAUAUAAGCAGUGUCUUGAAAAGAUUUCAGUUUUGGAGGCCAAGAUAACCCUUGCUGAGGAGAAUUCCAGGAUGUUAAAUGAGCAACUUGAAAGAGCAGAACUGGAAGUUAAAGCACUGAGACAAAAUCUUGUUGAACUGAAUGAAGAGAAAGAAUCUGUAGCUGUCCUUUACCAUCAAUGCUUGGAGAAAAUAGCUAAAAUGGAGAAUGAAAUUUUGCGUGCCCAAGAAAAUUCUGAAAAACUACAAAGAGAAAUUGAGAAAGGGGCUGAAAAACUUAAGACUGCUGAAAAACAUUAUGAUGUGUUGGAGAAAUCAAAUCAAUCUCUUCGGUCAGAGGCUGAAAGUCUGGUGCAGAAGAUCGCUAUGAAGGAUCAAGAACUUCUAGAGAAGCAAACUGAGAUAGAGAGACUGCAGACUCUAAUGCAUGAAGAACAUUCUCACUUUCUUCAAAUUGAAUCCACUCUGCAGACUUUACAGAAGUUGUACUCCAAAUCACAACAGGAGCAAGGAACUCUUGUUUUGGAGCUUAAAUAUGGGCUUCAGCUGUUGAAGGACUUGGAGCUUUCCAAACAAGGUUUUAAAGAAGAAGUGCAAGAGAAUGUGGAAGAUAACAGACUUUUGCAUGAACUUACUCUCUCUUCCACUAAGUCAUUAUUAAGAAAACAGCAAACUGAAAUCUCUAAAUUGAAGGAGAUCAAAGAGAAACUUGAACGAGAGUUUGUUGUAAAUGCUGAAGAAAGCAAUGCCCUCCUGCAGGACGCUCAUCAAAUAAAGGAUGAUAUCCAGCAUUUGAAUAACAAAUAUCAGGCUAUGUUGGAGCAAUUACAGACUUUAGGUCUGAAUCCUAAAUGUUUUGCAGCAUCUCUGAAAGAUUUACAAAAUGAGAACUCAAUGGCAAAGGAGCUAUGCAAAACGGAACGCAAUGAGAAAGAUGUUCUUCGUGAAAAAUCGAAGGAUAUGGAUGAACUUCUGAUAGAAAAUGCCUUCAUGGAAUUUUCCCUGUCAAGAUUAAAUGAUGAGUUAGAUGAGCUAAGGGCAACGGUGAGGAAAUUUCAAGAGUCUUGCCAAGUUCUCCAGGAAGAAAAAUCCACUCUUGUUGAUGAGAAAUCAGCCCUACUUACACAGUUACAAAUUACCGCUGAAAGUAUGCCAAAGUUAUUGGAGAAGAAUGUCUUGCUAGAGAAGUCCCUCUCGGAUGCAAACAGUGAGCUUGAAGGUUUGAAGGCUAAAUCAACUGACUUGGAAGAAAUCUGCAAGUUGCUAAAUGAUGAAAAGUACAGUCUUCUAAAUGAAAGAAGCAUCCUAGUAUCUCGGUUGGAGAGCGUUGAGGCCAAACUAAGCAACCUGGAAAAUAUGUUUAUACAAUUAGAAGAAAAAUUAGCUGAUGUGGAGAAGGACAAAGAAAACACAGACAAUCAAGUAGAAGAACUCCGUGCUUCAAUUUUGGUGCAAAAAGAAAAGUAUGCUAAUCAUACACACUCAAGUGAAGCCCGACUAACAAAUUUGGAGAAUCUUGUUCAUGUACUACAGGAAGAACUGCAGUUGGGGAAGAUGAAAUUUGAAAAAGAACUUGACAAAGCUAUAAAUGCUCAGGUCGAGAUGUUCAUCAUGCAAAAUAGUAUAGAAGAUCUAGAGCAGAAGAACAUGGCCUUGUUAACUGAAUGUGAAAAGCAUGUAGAGGCAUCAAAAUUUUCUAACAAAGUUAUCUCUGAGUUGGAGACAGAAAAUCUUAUGCAACUGAUGGAAGAAGAGUUUUUGUUGCAUGAAAUUAGAAAGCUUAAAAUGGCUAUUCAUCAGUUGUGUCAGGCUCUUCAGAUUGAUCCAGAUAGUGGGCAUGACAAAGGAACCAAGCAAGAGGAAAUACCCAUAUCACAUGUUUUGGACAACAUUGAGGGCUUGAAAAUUGCUAUUGUGAAAAUCCAAGAGGAGAAGCACCAGCUGGUUGUGGAGAACUCUGCCCUCCUAACUUCACUUCAGCAACAUCAAUAUGAGAGAGAAGAACUGGAGUCAGAGAAAAAGAUCAUGGAGCAAGAGCUGGAAAACAUGAGAGAGCUUAAUGUAACGUUGCAGAAAGAUAAGGGUGAACUUCUAGAGAAGAACAAGAAACUGCAGAUUGAUGUGGCUAAUGGAGAAGAAAAGGAGAAUACAUCAAAGUCCAAAUUGGCAGCUCUGCAAGCGGAGUUGAUAGAUUCAUGGAGAACAAAUCAAAUGCUUCAGGAAGAAAAUAGUAAGAUGGUUGAGGAGAAAAAUUCAUUUCUUCGGAGUGUUUUGGACCUCAAAAAAGCAAUGUCCAUUGCUGAAGAUGAAAACAGUGCAAUACUCCAUGAGGUACUAGCUCUAAGAAACCUCAGUUUGGUUUAUGAGAGCUUUCUCACCGAGAAAGUCAUUGAACAAAAAGCACUCUCUGGACAUCUAAGCAGCAAUCUUAGCCGUUUGAACAAUGACCUCAAUCAGGAACUUGACGUGUUAAGAAAGGAGUUUGAGGUGAAAGAAGCAGAGAAUGUUUAUCUGAACGAGUCUACUAAGAGGAUGAACAAAGAGCUGCAGGAAAUCAAGUAUGCAAAUUGUCAUUUAUGUCAUCAAGUUGAAAAUUCAGAGAAUCUUCUUAGGAAGAAAGAAGUUGAGCUGCUAGAAAUGGAGAAAAGGUUAAAGGUUGCUGAGGCAUUGAAUGCUGAAUUUUGCAAAUGCAUUAAGGAGAUGAAGACGGAUCAAGAAGAAUCAAGAUUGAUCAGAGGAGCUCUAGACAGGCAGAUUCUUGAACUAUCAGAAAAUUUUAUGAACCAGAAAAAAGAAAUUGAACAACUUACUGAAGAAAAUGGAAGUUUUAUGUCUGCGAUGAGAUCAUUACUGCAUGAAGUUGAACUACAAAAGGUUAGGGAACAAACAGUGAAUUCAGAGUUGCUGGAUAAAACAAAUGAACUCCAACGUUUGGAGGCUGAAGCUGCUGCAUUCUAUUUGGAUCUUCAGAUUUCAUCCAUCAGUGAAGGACUGCUGAAAGGUAAGGUUGCUGAGCUUACUGGAGUUUGCAGGAGACUUGAUGAUGAAAGUGCUGCAAAAAGCAUGGCGAUUGAACAGAUGAUAGAAAGAAUCAGUUUACUAGAAAAUGAAAUUGGAGGACUGAAGGGGAAGUUAUCUGCAUAUACUCCUGUCAUUGCUUCUUUGAAAGAUGAUUUUGCAUCUCUCGAGCACACUUACUUUCUUUGGACCAACAAAACUUUUACUGUAGGCAACAUAGAACAAAAGGAUGUAGUGAUUGAGUCCUGUCUACAUGAAAAUAGCUAUCCAAGUUUAAGGCAAAAUGAAAGCACCUUAAUACUGGAUGCGGUUGCAGAUUUGCUGAAUAUGCAGACAAAGAUUAGAGCUGUUGAAAAGGUAAUGUUUGAAGAACUGGAAAGACAUGUCAAAGAGGAAAAUCUAACUUCCAAUGUUGAAGAAGGAGCUCUGACAGAAUUGACCAAGGAUUCAAAUUUGGAUAUUGCUACAUAUCCAGAAAUUGACAACAGAAAAGUGAUGAAAAUUAAGGAAGACUGCACAAGAGACCACAAAGCAUGGAGAACAAAAUCUCAAAAAAGGUCAUUGAUGAAAGAUAUUCCACUUGAUCACAACUCGGAUGAUGCAGACUCCAAGUAUUGCACCAGAGGGCAUAAUAGUAGGACUGAUGAUCAUACCUUUGAGUUAUGUGAAACUGAUCAACAUGAUAUUACUGAAGAAAAUAAGCUUAGUUCUACUUCAAUAGAGGAUGUAAUUACAUGUCAUGAGUCAAGCAACUCAGAAAAAUGUCAAAAUUACUCUUCAGAAUUGGAGACAGAGAAGGAAUUGGGCAUUGACAAGCUGGAGUUGUCGAUGACUAGAAAAGAGACAACUGAAGAUAGCAAGAGGAAGAUCUUGGAGAGGCUUGCUUCAGAUUCUCAGAAAUUGGCCAUUCUUAAAAUGACUCUACAAGAUUUGAAAAAGGAGCCAGAGACAAAGAAGAAGAACAAGAAGGUAAAUGAAGUUGAAUAUGAAACAGUUAAAAGACAUAUGGAGGAUGUUGAGGAAGCUGUCAUGCACCAAAUAGGCAUAUAUGAUCAACUGGUAAAGGAUAUUGAUGAGAGAACCUCAUCUUCAGACACAGAUGCUUCAAUGCAGUUGGAGAACCAUGGAGGACAAAUCCAAAGAAGAAGAGUAACAGAGCAAGCUCGAAGAGGUUCUGAACAAAUAGGACGGUUGCAGUUUGAGGUGCAGAACAUCCAAUACAUUUUGCUGAAAUUGGCUGAUGUCAACUACAAAGGGAAAAACAGAUUCUCUAGACCAACAGGUGUGUUGCUGAGGGACUUCAUUCACAUUGGGAAGAAAAAUAGCAGAAGGCGGCGUAAGGUGUGUGCUUGUGGAUGUUCAAGGCCUUCAACUAAUGAGGACUAAGGAAUUUAGAGACUGAAUGUUGCAAAAGCUUACAACCUGAUCAAUCGACGGUAUGCAUCCAAACGAAAUGGAGAAAGAAAGCGUUGAUCUGACUCAAAUAUCCCUUCGACCCCUUCAAUUUUCUGACCUCGAU